GAUGACAUAUUUCUGUCUUGUUUUGUAUGAUAGGUUUGGUGUCCACUAUGAGUUACCGUUACUCAUCCAGAGUCUCAUUAUGACAGUGACUAUGUUAAUAAUGAUGCACAUUUGUGUGACAGUAAAGAAAGAAUCAGCUCCAACAACAAUACACAGAUCAAUAUGGGAUAUAAAUUAUUUCUGGAAGUGGACUGAUUUCAGAGAGUACCUCAUCUUCACUGGACUAUUCUCACUUGUUGGAUUCAUCGUUACUCUCCUCCUCAUUAAUGUUAGUGUCUUUGUUGAGCUCUUAGGCUUUGCCUCACUCUUCACUGAGGCAAUGCUCGGCCUGCCUCAGUUCUGGAAGAAUUAUAAACACAAAUCAACUGAAGGAAUGAGCAUACAGAUGGUAUUAUUUUGGUUGAGUGGUGAUACAUUCAAGACCAUAUACUUCAUAAUGAGAGGUGCUCCUGUACAGUUUGUGGUCUGUGGCUCUCUCCAGGUGAUGGUAGACAUUGCCAUCCUUUCACAAGUUGUGGUCUAUAGGAAGAAAAGGCAGCAUUUCAUUAGUGCCAGUUUAUCAAUAAAGUCCUAACUAUUGUUGAUUAUUAUUAUUAUUAUUAUUUUACUAGACAAUUUUUUAUUAUUGUUAAAAAUCUUAUUUUAUUUCUUUUUUUCCAAAAAAAAUUAUUUCUCAUGCUACAAAAAUGCAAACAUCUCCACAAUUAUAUACAAUAUUUUUCUCAGUACUGGUUUCUGUUUUACUAAUAAUUUACAAAAUUA